UGUUCCUCACCGGGACGCUUUUGAUGUCACUCUAAUGUCUGCUUAGCACAACUACUUUGCUGUUGCUAUCCGCUUCAUUUGUCGGAAAGUUUCAUCUUUAGAAAGUGUCUUUUUCUACCUCAGCUGUUACGAGAUGGCGGGAAACUUCUGGCAAAGUUCUCAUUAUCUGCAGUGGGUUCUGGACAAGCAGGACCUGAUGAAAGAGCGCCAGAAGGACCUGAAGUUUCUCUCAGAAGAAGAGUACUGGAAGCUGCAGAUUUUCUUUGCCAAUGUGAUCCAGGCUUUGGGGGAACACCUUAAGCUGCGGCAGCAGGUCAUUGCUACUGCAACUGUUUACUUCAAACGCUUCUAUGCCAGGUAUUCCCUGAAAAGUAUAGAUCCGGUGCUUAUGGCUCCUACCUGUGUUUUCCUAGCUUCUAAAGUUGAGGAAUUUGGAGUUGUGUCCAAUACCAGGCUGAUCUCUGCAGCAACAUCUGUGUUGAAAACAAGAUUUUCUUAUGCCUUUCCAAAGGAGUUCCCUUACAGAAUGAAUCAUAUAUUAGAAUGUGAGUUCUACCUUCUGGAGUUGAUGGACUGCUGCCUGAUCGUGUACCACCCCUACAGACCACUGCUGCAGUAUGUGCAGGAUAUGGGACAGGAGGACAUGCUGCUGCCCCUGGCCUGGCGAAUAGUGAAUGACACGUACAGGACGGAUCUGUGUCUGCUCUACCCUCCCUUCAUGAUUGCCUUGGCCUGUCUGCAUGUCGCCUGUGUGGUGCAGCAGAAAGAUGCCAGGCAGUGGUUUGCAGAGCUUUCUGUUGACAUGGACAAAAUCCUGGAGAUCAUCCGUGUCAUUCUGAAGCUUUAUGACCAGUGGAAAAAUUUUGACGACAGAAAAGAAAUAGCUGCAGUGCUGAACAAGAUGCCUAAACCCAAACCUCCUCCUAACAGUGAGAGUGACCAGAGCUCCAAUGGGAACCAAAGCAACUCCUACAGCCAGUCCUAGCACGGUGUCUAUAUUUCCGUAGUAAUCCAUGAUGUUGACGUAGAGAGGGAUGGAUCUUUUUAUAAUAUUUCACACAGCGCGACCUUUGUGAUACUGGCUGGAAAAAGCCAUGUCUUAACUUUCCCUUCUCUGAUCAUUAUGGGUUUAUGGACUGAGCGAGCAACCGCUGAAACGCCUGCAGUGAACAGCCAAUCUGUGACAACAGCUUUGUUGUCUUAAUGAGGCUCUGUACUCUGCUCCAGACUUGAAAUGAACUAAAAACUGAGGAACAUUUUGGAGGUACGGGGAAGGAGAGGGGAGCUAGGGGAGGAAACUGAUGGAACAGAUGUGAUGCUUCAGUAGAAACCUGCUUUAAUGUCAUUGUGAUGAUCCUGACAUCCUUGAACAGCCCAGAGGAGUGAGUCCUUUCAUGUGGAGCUCCGUGGGAUUCGAGAAAACUUGAUCACAAGUACUGUGUGUGUAUGAGUGUGUGUGUGCAAUGU